CUCAUCAAUCCUAGUAUAGUUGAGAUUGAACGGCUGAGAUUGGAUUACGAGGGUUUUACCGUUCUAAAGCUGGUUCGAAGCUUCAGCUGCUGCCUAAACUACACGAAAAUCUCUGAAAAUCUUUUUGUUUGAAGAAGAUGACGCAUGUUGAAGAUGAUAAGGCAUUCAAGGAGGAACCUUUGGUUCAGGUUCUUAGCGACGACGACGGUGAAGUGAAGGAAACCAAAGACGGAGGUGAAGAAAUUACCGGCGGCGACGGUGAAGGAGAGGCUAACGUAGAAGAGGAAGACGAUGACGCUGAUGAUGAUGACGAUGACGAUGAUGAUGAUGAUGAUGACGACGAGGACGAUGAAGAAGAGGAGGAGGAUCUUGGGACUGAGUACCUAGUGAGGCCGGUUGGUGAGGUUGAAGAUGAGGAUGAUGCAAGUGAUUUUGACCCUGAGGAGAACGGGGUGGAUGAAGAAGACGGUGAUGAAGAUAUUGAAGAAGACGACGUUGAUGAGGACAUCAGCUUGAGUGCUGGCAAAUCUGAGCCUCUGUCCAAGAGGAAGAGGGUUGCUAAAGACCACAAUGAGCAAGGAGAUGUCACUGGUGAUGACGUUAGGCCUUCUAAACGGUAGUUCUUCUAACUUCGAACUGACCUCAAUCCAAGAAACAAGUCGGAACUAGAUUCGAAAACAGUGUUUGAAUCAUUCGUUGGGUUGAUGUAGUUUUUAAUCUAAUGGUAGUGUUUCUUAGAGCUUAAUGGAUUGUUGUUUCUUUAUGUUCCUUGAGACAGCUUCAAACAAGUUUAAGUAUCCAACGCUUUUCUUUUCAAA